CGCAAACUUUUGUGUUGUGUUGGGUUACGGGUUUUUAAAUUUUAAUUAAAAUGGUAAACUGUUCGGUAUCGAAAUGCAGAAAUCGUUCGAACAAAAGGAAUUUAAAAAACGACGGUAUUUCUUACCAUUUAUUCCCCAGAGUUCCUGGGAUGAGACGAAAGUGGCAAGAGUUUUGCAACAGAGGGCCGAGCUGGCAGCCGUUCCGGACCAGUACCAUCUGUUCGGAACAUUUUGAACCCGCUCAGUUCCAAUGCGGGACCAACCGGCGGUUUUUGGUGGCUAAAGCCAUCCCUACAAUUUAUCCGGCACACAUGAACGAACAUAAUGAUGAAGGGAGUGAUGAUUAUUCAUCGUCUGACCAGUUGGAUCAAAAACCGCAGUCACCAGCGGGAUCCGAACCUGAGAACGGACAGGUGGAUAAUGGGUCGCAGGAGAAGGAAUCUGAUGACAAGGUAAAGGAGACGACUUCAAACAACCACAAUCUCCGCAUACAACUGAGAGAGAAACGUCUAAAAAUACACAGGCUCAUACAAAGCAACCGAUACUUGACGGAAAAAGUCGAAAUACUGCAAAAUAUAUUGAAGAGAGUCAUAAAUAAGUCCAAAUAUGUGAAACACAGACAUAAAAAUGGUUUCAAGUAACAUGUCAAUAAUUAUUUACCCCCUUACUAAUAAAAAGUUACACAGUUGUUGAACACUGUUUUAAAAUGACAUUUCCAUACUCAACGUCACUUUAAAACACUGUUCAACGAGCGUGUAAGUUUUAUUAGUAAGGGGGUUAGUCUUAUUAUAAGUAACUUUAAUAAAAUGUCUAUUUAAAAUAAAAAAGAAAAGUUUUAUACAUACUGUUUUAUUAACAAAUCAUUUUUACAUUAUGUACAGAAUCCAAACCAGUUGAACAUAAUAAAAUAAAAUCUUAAAUACACACACAAAUCAUUUUUUAAAAUAUAAAAAUAAAUUAUUAUUUGUAUUUAAUACACAAUACAAUAAAUGACAAAAAAAACUCAGACAAAAAAACUUAGCUACCGUUACAGUUUUAAUUUCGAAAUAGCUUCAUCAUUUCAGCCAUAGGAUGUCCACUGCUGAACAAAGGGCCUCCCCAGUGAUUUCCAUAAAAGCCGGUUGGUAGCGGCCUGCAUCCAGCGCCUUCAUAAAUAAUAUAAAUAGCCUCAAGGAGCUAAGAAAUCAUACAAAAACAACGCCGGGGCGAAUCGAUUUCGGAGUUACAACUGUAACGGAUGUUUACUUGUCUAGGGAGCUGUUGCGUAUGGUAAAAAAAAACCUAUUAUACAGUAUUGUAACUUAUAACUAUUAUACUACAUAUUACGCUAAAAUUGGUCUUUACACAUUUCCGUAAGUCCAAGAAAAGAUAAUAAAUAACAGUUAACUUAAAAAUCCGGCUCGAAGGACCAGUGAUAAAUGAUUACUUUUUUAAAUAUCGAUUAAAUUA